CCUUCACCAACCACCUCGACCAACAAAAAUCAUGGGUGUUCUCGACGUUGUACCUGCUGGUGUUUUGACUGGCGAGAACGUUCGCAAGCUCUUCGACUAUGCUAAGGAGCACAAAUUUGCGAUUCCUGCCAUCAACGUAACCUCCUCCUCGACCGCCAACGCUGUUCUCGAGGCCGCUCGGGAUAUCAAGGCUCCCAUCAUCCUCCAGGUCUCCCAGGGCGGAGCUGCCUACUUCGCUGGCAAGGGUCUUGCCAACGACAAGCAGCAGGCCUCCAUCACCGGUGCCGUUGCCGCCGCCCACCAUAUCCGUACCGUCGCCAAGGCUUACGGCGUCCCCGUCGUCCUCCACUCCGACCACUGCGCCGAGAAGCUUCUUCCUUGGUUCGAUGGCAUGCUCGCCGCUGACGAGGAGUACUUCAAGAUCCACCAAGAAGCCCUCUUCUCCUCGCACAUGCUCGACCUCUCGGAAGAGUCAAAGGAGGACAACAUCGCCACUUGCGUGAAGUACUUCGAGCGCAUGGCUCCCAUCGGUCUCUGGCUUGAGAUGGAGAUCGGUAUCACCGGUGGUGAGGAGGACGGUGUUGACAACACUGGCGUCGACAACAACUCGCUCUAUACCCAACCCGAGGAUGUCUACGAGGUCCAUGAGGCUCUCUCCAAGAUCAGCCCUAACUUCUCCAUUGCCGCUGCUUUCGGUAACGUGCACGGUGUCUACAAGCCCGGAAACGUCAAGCUUCACCCCGAGCUCCUCCACAAGCACCAGGUCUACGCCAAGGAAAAGGUCGGUGGCAAGAUUGAGCAGCCUCUGUACCUCGUUUUCCACGGUGGCUCCGGUUCCACCAAGGAGGAGAUCAAGACUGCUGUCACCAACGGUGUUGUUAAGAUGAACGUGGACACCGACACCCAAUUCGCCUACCUCGCUGGUAUCAGGGACUACGUCCUCAACAAGAAGGACUACCUCAUGACCCAGGUCGGCAACCCCGAGGGUGCUGACAAGCCUAACAAGAAGCAAUAUGACCCCCGUGUCUGGGUCCGUGAGGGCGAGAAGACCCUCUCUGUGCGUGUCAAGGAGGCAUGCACCGAUCUCGGCAACAUCAACCGACUCUAAGCGCUUCGUUGCUUCUCGUUGUUCGUUGUCGAUAAUUGGGGCGCGCCGGGAUCAGUUAGAGAAGUUGCAUAAUUGUUGUUGUAGGCCAACCGAUGGAUUUUCUUCAUGGGGACGAAGGAACGAGAGAAGUGCAUCACUAUUGUUUGUAUAGCUUGUAGCUGUGGUCCUAUGAUUAUUAUAGAUGCUUGAUUCGGAUUUGGAUAUCAUGC